CCUGACUACCCACAACUAGUGAAGGACGGAGACAUCAUGCUGGGGGGAGUCUUCUCUUUCCAUGUCAGCUGGAACGAAGUAGAGACUCCUUAUGAGGAAAAACCUCUGCGCCUACAGUGCACCAGGGAACUCCAGAUGCUCCAGGCUAUGCUUUUCACCAUCGAGGAGAUCAAUAACAGCUCAGACCUGCUGCCAGGGAUUUAUUUGGGCUGUAGGAUUUAUGACACUUGUGGCUCCAUUGCUAGAAGUAUUCAAGUGUCUCUGGCCUUGGUCAAUGGUAAUGGAAAUGUGUCUGCAGCUUCCGAGGCAUGCGCAAAACCUGCACAAGUGCAGGCUAUAAUGGGGGAAGCCUCGUCGUCUCCGAGCAUGGCUAUAGCUACCGUCAUUGGACCGUUUUCUGUCCCACUGAUAAGUCAAUUUGCCACAUGUGCUUGUCUCAGUGAUAAAUCCAAGUACCCCUCAUUUCUCAGAACAAUACCAAGCGACUACUAUCAGAGUAGAGCGCUGGCCCAGUUGGUGAAGCACUUUGGUUGGACUUGGAUUGGGGCUAUCAGAACCAACGACGACUACGGCAACAACGGCAUGGCGACGUUCACGGAAACUGCAGAGCAGCUGGGCAUCUGUCUGGAAUAUUCUCUAAUGUUUUUCCGAACAGAUCCGCGGGACAAGAUACAAAAAAUAAUCGAAACAAUCAGGUCUUCCACCUCGAAGGUGAUCGUCGCUUUCAUUUCCCAAGCUGACAUGGAUGUUCUCCUGCAAGAGCUUUCCAGGUCCAACUUGACUGGCUACCAGUGGGUUGGCAGCGAGGCCUGGAUCUUUGAUUUUCAGAGUGCCUCCAGAGAUAAUAAGCGCAUUUUAGACGGAGCCAUAGGCCUUUCCAUCCCCAAAGCGCACGUCAGUGGACUCAAAGAGUUCAUACUUGAUGUGAAACCGCUGUAUUUAACAAGCAAUGACUUGUUCGUAGAGUUCUGGGAAGCGUUAUUUAGCUGCAAGGUCAAACAGUCAGAACCAGGAGAAACCCAGAGGCUCUGCACUGGCCAUGAGAAUCUGACUGGAGUGGAAAACAGCUUCACCGAUAUGUCACUAAUGCCCAUAUUGAGCAAUAUGUAUAAAGGAGUGUAUGCAGUGGCUCAUGCUCUGCAUGAUAUUCUAGGUUGUAAUAAAACAUGUAACAACAAGGUGCCACUACUAGACCCAUUAACGAUUUUACAGCAUAUAAAAGGAAUUCACUUCAAAACAAAGGAAGGAGAAGAGGUUUACUUCAAUGAGAAUGGAGACCCUGCAGCAAAAUAUGAUAUUAUAAACUGGCAGCCAAGAGAAGACGGCCCUGUGAGCUUUGUGACAGUCGGUCUGUAUGAUGCAUCUUUACCUGCAGACGAGCAGAUGAAUGUGCAGCAGAACUCUGUAGUUUGGUCUCAAAACUCAGAGCAGGUCCCACUUUCAGUUUGCAGUGAGACGUGUCCCCCAGGAACACAUAAGGUUCUCCAGAAAGGAAAACCUGUGUGCUGCUAUGACUGUAUAAGUUGUGCAGAGGGAGAAAUAAGCAACAGCACAGAUUCUGUCUCUUGCAUCAGAUGCCCGAUUGACUUCUGGCCAAAUGAAAAAAGAGAUGCCUGUAUACAGAAGGAGGCAGAGUUUUUGUCACAUCAAGAAAUUAUGGGAGCCUUGCUCACUGCAGCAUCCUUAUUUGGAACGUGCAUGACUGCAGUUAUUGCUAUUAUUUUUGUCAAACACAGGAAAACUCCUCUUGUCAGGGCCAACAACUCUGAGCUGAGCUUCCUGCUGCUCUUCUCCUUAACCCUGUGUUUCCUCUGCUCUCUGACGUUUAUGGGAGAGCCCUCUGACUGGUCCUGCAUGCUGCGGCACACGGCGUUCGGCAUCACCUUCGUCCUCUGCAUCUCCUGUGUUCUUGGGAAAACGAUGGUGGUUUUAAUGGCGUUCAAUGCGACACGCCCUGGUAGAAAUGUGAUGAAAUGGUUCGGAGCUACACAGCAGAGACUUGGAGUUCUGGGCUUCACACUUAUGCAAGUGAUCAUCUGCAUCGUCUGGUUAACAACUUCUCCUCCAUUUCCGUCCAAGAAUUUUAAGGAAUUCAAAGAUAAAAUCAUCUUGGAGUGUUCUUUGGGUUCAGCUGUGGGAUUCUGGGCUGUGCUGGGGUACAUAGGACUUCUCGCCACAUUAUGUUUCAUUUGUGCUUUCCUGGCUCGUAAACUGCCUGAUAAUUUCAACGAAGCCAAAUUCAUAACAUUCAGCAUGUUGAUAUUCUGCGCCGUGUGGAUCACCUUCAUCCCAGCGUACGUCAGCUCUCCUGGGAAGUUCAGUGUGGCUGUAGAAAUCUUUGCUAUCCUGGCCUCCACAUUUGGAUUACUAAUUUGUAUUUUCAUCCCAAAAUGUUACGUUAUGUUGAUAAAACCGGAAAAAAAUACAAAGAAGAAGAUGAUGGGUCCAGGGUCAUCAAAAUAAGACAGGAAGUUAAGUUAUUCAUAAAGCACCUUACCACUAAAAAAGUUGAAAAAAAUGACAAAAUAUUAGGAGAAAUGAGGAGGAAUUUUAAGUAGCCUAUGAGAGGAAUACAAGCCCUGAUUAUUUAUUGAUUCAAUGAUUCAAAACUAAGUUUUGUUUUGACUUUGAAGAAAUAUUUAUUCAUUAUUAUUUAUAUCCAUGUUGCCAUACUAACCCCAGUGUGUCCAUAUGUGUUUUGUUGUUCAUAAAUUAGAGGCUAGCUUGUCUACAUGUCUCAGAAUAUCUUGUAGUUCAUUAAAAGUUUCACAGCUUUUAAAAACAAUAAUCUUUGUGAGUUAUUUUGGCUAUUUAACAUUUUCACGGGAGCUGCACAGUUGAAUUUUGUUAAAGGUAUUUGGAAAGAAAUAGAAGCACAAUAUAUAUUUUCUGGUUUCAUCGUAAUUGUUGACACACUACUCUUCAAGGACGAAUGGCACUUCGCCUCUCAAUCACCAUGGCAACAGUGAAAGGUUGAAGUUGAGAACUGAAAGAAGGAUUAACGGGAACGGGAACUUAGACGUUCAUCAGAUGAAUCUGAGGGGAAAACAAGUGUUUAUCAGUAAGGCAAUUAUCCCAAACACACAGCAUUGAUAACUGUCUACUAGCUUCAGGGAAAGAAAAUAAAUUUGUCAUUUUGGUCAAUCGAAAUCCUCUGACUUGCCUCCAUCUGAAAA